CGAGUUAUUUUAACAAGUUGUCAAAAUGAUAUACUCCUCUGCUUUAUGUAAAUGUCAGCUAAUAGUGUCAGUUAUCUGUGUAAGAGCUUCAGGGCAGGAUGACGGUGUUGCGUUAUGGUUCUGCUGGAUGGUGUGAUGUGAUGCGCUGCAGGUCCGCAGUGGUGCUGCUGAUGCUUGUUUAUCAAACACCUCCACUAUCACAUCCACCAGCAGCAUCAGCAUCACUGCAGCAUAAGCAGUGGCACAUGUAUCAUCUCUGACAGUGAUCUCCUUAAUCGUUCCGUUUGAAUGGCAAGUGUAUACCUCCCACCCCGCCCCACCACGGCCCUCACCUGUGUGUUGCGGUGCUUCCCAUGUGAGCCGACCUGGGCCGGCAGCCCCUUCUUGCACCGCCCACCGACCCGGCCCAUGGUCACCAUGACGCGCUCCAAAACCUUCCAGGCAUACCUGCCCAGCUGCCACCGCACCUACAGCUGCAUCCACUGCAGAGCACACCUCGCCAACCAUGACGAGCUCAUCUCCAAGUCCUUUCAAGGAAGUCAGGGCAGAGCUUAUCUGUUCAACUCUGUAGUGAACGUGGGAUGUGGCCCUGCAGAGGAGAGGGUUCUGCUCACGGGGCUUCAUGCAGUGGCAGACAUCUACUGCGAAAACUGCAAAACCACACUGGGGUGGAAAUAUUCCUCAGAUGACCUUCCGCUCUUGCAAAACGCCAUACAUCUUGUCUCGCCGUUCCCUCAGCACGAUGAUUCAACAAAGCAAGGAAGUUAUUACAUCGCAAAUAACGUCAGUGUUAGUCAGAGAGCUGGAUGCCAAGCCACAACAUUUCCAGUUAUUCGCCAUAUAUAGUACGGAAACUUUCUGUAAACCACAGGGAUGCAAACAGGUAAGGGGGGAAAAAGGUGAGAACACUGUGCGGGGCGUGAGUUCUCACUGAAAGGUGAGGAGUUUGUGUCUAUGGAACUAAUUAACUCACUUUUCACCUGUCUUUUACCAUUAAAAUAACAAUCAUUCUUUACAGUGUGAACACACCUUUUUUACUUCCAUUUGUGUUAAAAAGAACAAUUCAAGACAUUCUGUUAAAUAUCCUUUGUGUUCCACAGAAGAAAGAAUGUCAUGAUCCAGCUAUGGAACAACAUGAGAUGAGUAAAUGAUGACAGAUAUUCAUUUUUAAGUGAACUAUCCCUUAGAAUAAAUGCAGGAGUAUGAGCAGCACACAGAAGCAGAGGUGCUCUAUCCAGCCAUAGGAUGAAGUGUCUAGGGAUGUAAUGACUCAGCAGAAAAUCAAACAAAGAACACCAAGUGCUCAUGUUCCAGAAACACCAGACUGCAGUAAGGAAUGAUGGUGCUCCGAACGGAUCGGGUUCCGUUUAUUGGCUGGUGAAAGUGUAGUCCACAGGGAGAACCUUCUUUUUUUGGCCAAUGACCUCACAUCUGCAUCUUUUUAGUGUUUACAAGAUCAAACUCUUAAAGGGAUAGUUCACCCAAAAAUAUGAAUAUGUUUUUUCAGUGGAACACAAAAGGAGUAGUUCCAAGCUUUUCCAAACAGAAAGUGAAUGGUGACCAGUUGCUGUCAAACAAGAUUUUCAGUGAAUAACAACUUAAAUUUUAGUGCAUUUCUCAAAUAAAGCUAUUAUAUGGCUAAAAAAAAAAAAACACACACUUGAAAUAGCAUAAGACCACUUUUAUUAUGCCUUAUGGUGUACUCUUGUCCGUUUUGGAGUUUGACAGCCACAAUCCCUAUCCACUUUCAUUAUAUGGAACUGAGCAGCAUGAACAUUCUUCACAACUUCUUGUUUUGUCUUUUUUGUGUAUGUGUUCAUGUUUGGAGCAUCAUGACAGGAAAUGGUGUUUUGGGUGAACUAUUCCUUUAAAAAGACAGAGCUUGGUGCUUGACUCUGGUAUUUUUAUGGUAGGUUGACUGUUUUGAAGUGACCACCCAUCCCCACCCUUCCUAUUUAACAGAGCCGGCAUUCACAAGCAUCUUUCCAUAAGCAAUCCUUUAUUCUCGGUUUGGUGUUCAGCCCUCGUGGUGAAGGCAAGGCUCGCUGUAACCUGAUGGAGUGUUAGCUGCAGAGGCUAAAAAUAGCAGAGCUGUUCAGUGAGUCAAAACUCUGCAGCACAGACUGACUCAGACAGACUCACACAGACUGGUGCAUUGACACACUGAACAGAAUAAACACAUGAGGUUCAAAGAGUGAUAUGAGACGAGCAUGUGGCAUAUUGCAGUUAAAUACUAAUGCACUGAGAUCUGAUUGCAUUCAACAGGAUUUUAUCUUGACCCUAAGAGAUACGAUUGUAUUAUGUUUCAUUUCAAUAACAUACACCAGUGAAUUUGUGGUCAAUUUUGGGGCCCUGAAGACAAAGCAUUGCUGUUCAUACACCAUAUACUUCAGUGAAGUCUGUUGUAAACAAGCUCAAUGGGAGGCGUAGAAUUAAACAGGGACAAACUAUAUUUUCCCUGUGGAUUAGGGAUUGUGAUAAUCUCUGCAUUUGUUUAAGAUUAUACAGAUUGAUUUAUUCCUGUGGUCUACACUGAGGUCCAGACCAUGGAGGGUAUGUGUUGUGCUCUGUGAUAUUAUGAAGGCUUAUAUCUCUUUAUAUCUUAAAAUGUUAUGUGUAUAUUAUUGAACUGUAGAGUUCAGCUUGAAGUUUGUUGCACAAACUGAGGAUGUAAUACAAUAUACAUUGUCAGAUAGAUAGCCAGUCUCAUCCCAAUGUUGUUUGAUGGGGUUGAUGUCAGGGCUCUGUGCGGGUCAGUCAAGUUCUUCCACACCAAACUCAUCCAACCAUGUCUUUAUGGACCUUGCUUUGUGCACUGGAGCACAGUCAUGCUGGAAUGGAAAAGGGUCUUCCCCAAACUAUUCACACAAAGUUGGAAGUAUAGCAUUGUGCAAAAUGUCUUGUUAUGCUGAAGCAUUAAGAUUUCUCUUCAACUGGAGGUAAGGGGUCUAAGCCCAAUCUCUGAAAAUCAGCCUCACACCAUUAUCCAUCCUCCUCCAAACUUUACAGUUGGCACAAUGCAGUGAGGCAGAUAAGGUUCUCCUGGCAUCUGCCAAACCCAGACUUGCCCAUCAGACUACCAAACAGAGAAGUGUGAUUUGUCACUCCACAACAUAAGGCCAGUGGAGGCAUGCUUUACACAACUCCAUCCGACGCUUGGCACUGUAUUGAUGUUGUGAGACUUGCAUGCAGCUGCUCGGCCAUGGAAACCCAUUCCAUGAAGUUCUCGCCACACAGUUUUUGAGCUGAUACUGAUGCCAGUGGAAGUUUGGAACUCUUCAGCUGUGGAAUCAUCAGAGAAUUGGUGACUUUUAUGCACCAUGAGCCUCAUGACCAGUUCGCUCUGUGACUUUACAUGGACUUCUGCUUCAUGGCUGAGUUGUUGCGGUUCCUAAAGACUUCCACUUUCCAAUAAUACCUCUUACAGUUGAUUGUGGAAUAUCUAGCAGAAAUGAAAUUUCUUUAACUUUCCUAUUGCAAAGGUGGCAUCCUAUCACAUUACGACUCUUGAAUUCAAUGAGCUCUUCAGAACAACAAUUUUUUUCUCUCAAAUGUUUCUAAAUACAGACUACAUGACUAAGUGCUUGAUUAGCCACACUUGCUUAAAAACUUAACACUCUUUCUUAACCAGCACAGCAUCACCCCUAAUCCACCUCUGGUUAAUUUUAACAAUGAUGGUAUUAAACACUUGGAAACAAGAAAGAUGUUGAACAAUUCCCAGUUAAGAAAUAUUAAUGUCAAGAAUUUUUCACAACAUAUAAAUAAUACCAACAAUGUCCAAUAGAUGGCAUAAGAAGCACAGACAUGGGCCUAGAAGCAUUACUCCCUCACUCACUUACACAUUCUCUUUUUGGUAGAAAGAGUUUGCAUAAUGGCUUUUUGGCAGACUCUGAAUCAGAAUAGCCGUCAUUUCACCGUCUCGGUUAACUAGACCCGAUAUAGUUCGGCGAGUAACCCAUUUUAGCCAAAAUAAUCAUUAAUUUGGUUGCAUGUCGUUUUUGCCAAAAUAACUUGCGAGCAAAGUCAACAGUGAUUACAAGGUGUUUGGUUUCAUAUCUUUGACGUUCUAUAUGCGUAGGCUGUGCGUAGGCAAGAUUUAGCUCAUAGUCAGACAGGCUUUUUGUAGCCCACCUAUGGUUAAUCUUGAUUUUGAUUUAUUGCAUUUUUUGGACAGGAAGUGCACGAGAUGGUUGAUGUCCCAUAAUGUUUGCAAUAUAUAUAUAUAUAUAUAUAUAUAUACAACGCGAGACUUAAAAGUUAGUAGAGAUCACUGUUGCCAGAUCUCAGAUAAAUAUUUCUCGCGAUAAAUAUUUCCGCUAUUUUACAACUGUCGGAAAGCAAGCAACAGCAAAUGUUAAAGCAAUUUCUUUCCUGCUUUUGGUCUUGUAAGUAGGCUAUCUGUGUUUUUCAUUAAAAAAAAAUCUUAUUAUCUUUGGUUCUUUUUCUAAAUAAAACCUCUAUAGGCUAUUUAAUUUGUUUGGAUGGAUUGUCAUUUAUGAGAACCUGUUAUAUCUAUGUGAAAAUAAUCCUUUAUCCAUUAUUUGUUGUCUAAAUGAAGUAAUUCAUUAGCUGUAUAUUUGAUGACUAGUCUACUCUUGGGUUAUGGUUAGACGUCUAUUAGAUUUUCACUGACAGCCCAAAUUCAGCCUUAUUUUAGCCUAGACAUUAGGGAUGUGUUUUGAUGGCUAUUAGACAUCUUUUAGACAUAAAAUUGCUUGCUGGGUAGAGUUGCUACAGUUGCUAAACAGCUACUAGUGAGGCUCAGCAAGUUCUUGCCAUGAUCAGCCCUCUCCAGGUAGGCAGUAGCGUGUUUACCCACUACGCAAAGCACGCAAUUGCGUGGGCCCCCCACAAUUUCUCCCUAGGGUGAUCCCCCCCCAGUGGUGUAAUGUAGGUAUAUGCAUUAUACCCACUAGAAAAGGUCAAGGAUUUCUGUAUAGCUACUUUAAAAAGCACAAGGAAACAGGUCUGGAGCUCUUUAAUGU